AUGGCGCUGCCCGGUGUGUCACUCGUGCGAUUAUGUACCUUGUGCAACCUUGGCAAUAAACCAUUAAAUAUCAGUAAACAAGUAGUAAUAUGCGGUACCUGGAGGACCCAAUACAGGACCAAAACCGGAGCUGCUGAAGGACUAGAAGAAACGGCUGAAAUAGCCAAAGAUCAUCCCAGGCUGUUGAAUGAGUUUCCAGAACCAAAAGCUCUUCUUUAUAAGACGUUGUCUCGUUCCCUUGGACUUAAGGAUCCGUCCUCCCUCAUUCAGUACUCAUGCACUGAUGGGGAGAUAAAGAAAGCCACGGUGACUCUUAUGUGGCCGCACAAGAUCCAGACGGAGGGCUUUGGCGCACGGAAGGUGUUGGCAGAGCGCUACGCCGCAGCAGCAGCAUGUCAGAAACUGAGGGAACUGGGGGUCUUGGAUCGCAAUAUCUCCAGGAAAAAGAGUCGGGGCCGAGCCUCUCCUUCGUCCUUGUGGCAAGAUGCAGAGGAAAUUGAUGCAGACCUGCCGCAUAGAAAGGAGGCUUUCAGCAGGGCACAGCACAGGAGCAACAAAGCACAGCCUAAGAUACCAGAGGACGACCCAAGACUUCAGGAAGCUGUGGCAACUUUCUCAAAGCCAAAAGCACUUCUAGGAAAGGUCAUUCAGACAGCAGUGUCCUCCAACAAAAUGAAGGAGCUGGUCCAUUACCAUACAGUUGGGACGAAGGUGAAAACCUGCAAACUGACCCUGCGCUGGCCGGAGGAAUGUACUUUUGUGGCUUAUGGACGCAAUAAAUCAGAAGCCGAGAGAAAAGCCUCUGCGUUGGCGUGCCUUGGAUUAAAGGAUCGGGAACUCCUAGAUGAAAACAACGAACCAUUAACGCACGCAGACUACCAUAGAGAUGAAGUUAAGGAAGCAGCAAGGAACCGAAGAGAGCCGUGUUACAUUGACCUCCCCAGCGAUCUGAAGAACUCUAUUGAAUCAUAUCUCUGCCAGUAUCCAGUACCAGGAGAAUGGGAGGAGGAGGGGGAAGAAGUGGCAACAGCCAGUGAGAUGUGGGAGGAGGAGGAGGACCCUGUGAUCAUGGACGCCAUCACGGGCCGGCCGCUCCGCUUGCUGACGCCAGAGGAAGAGGAGAGGCUAAACGAGCGCCUCUUGGCACGCUGGGAGCGAGCAGCUCCAGGCCUGGGCACGAACCUCCCCAUAGACGCCCACAGAGAGCGCGUCCUGCUGGCUGUGGAGGGGUCUCGCGUCCUGGUACUGGCUGGAGAGACCGGCUGCGGCAAGACCACCCGCGUCCCACGCUUCCUGCUCGAGGGCCGUGUGAGCGCGGGUGAGGGGGCGUCCGCCAACAUCCUGGUGACGCAGCCGCGGCGAAUUAGUGCCGUGGCCGUGGCCCAGCGGGUGGCCCACGAGUUGGGCCCGGCUCUAAGACGCAGCGUGGGCUACCAGGUGCGGCUGGAGUCCCGUCCCCCUGAGAGCAGUGGCGGGGCGCUGCUCUUCCUGACCCUGGGCGUCCUGCUGCGUAAGCUCCAGGCAAACCCCACCCUGCAGGGCGUGAGUCACGUGGUGGUGGACGAGGUGCACGAGCGCGACGUCAACACGGACCUGCUGCUGGCCCUGCUGCGCUCGCUGCUGGCCCGCAACCCGCAGCUAAGGCUGGUGCUGAUGAGUGCCACCGGCGACACCAAGCGGCUCUCCCAGUACUUUGGCGGCUGCCCCGUGCUGCGAGUGCCGGGAUUCAUGCACCCCGUGCAGGAGAAGUACAUGGAAGAGGUCCUGAGGGAGCUGCCGGGAGCUGCGGCCAGAAGACUGGGUGCGGCGGGGCAGAGGGAUGCGGAUGACCCCAGCCCAGACCCGGAUUUGGUGGCUGAGGUCAUACAGCACAUACACCAAUCCUCCAAGCCAGGUGCGAUCCUGUGUUUCCUCCCUGGCUGGCAAGACAUAAAGGCUGUGCAGAAGAGGCUGGAGGAGAUGCCCUCAUACCAGUCUGGCUCACAGAGGAUCCUGCCUUUGCACUCAAGCAUGUCCGUGGGAGAGCAGCAGAAUGUGUUCCAGCGCCCCCCAGAGGGCCAGCGCAAGAUUGUCCUGGCAACCAACAUUGCAGAGACCUCCAUCACCAUAGACGACAUAGUGUAUGUCGUAGACACUGGGUGUCAGAAGGAGCAGAACUAUGACCCAAGAACAAAGGUCUCCACCCUGGACACAGUGUGGGUAUCGCGCUCCAACGUCACCCAGCGCAGAGGCCGGGCAGGCAGGUGCCAGCCUGGGCAUGCUUACCACCUGUUCCCACGCUCCUCCCUGGACUCCAUGACUGCCUUUCCUGUGCCAGAGAUCCUACGCACCCCACUGGAGAACCUGGUGCUCCAAGCCAAGAUUCACAGUCCGGACAGCAAGGCAGUCGAGUUUUUAUCUCAGGUGCUGGAUUCUCCAGGCCGUGCAGCAAUCAGGAAUGCUGUGACAACCUUGCAGGACAUUGGUGUGCUGGACCAGGCUGAGCGUCUGACCCCACUGGGGGAGCGUGUGGCCUGCAUGUCCUGUGACCCGCGUCUGGGUAAGGUCCUGGUGCUGGCUGCUCUCUACCGCUGUGUCUCGCCCCUCAUCUCUGUGGCAGCCUGCCUCACUAGAGACCCAUUCUACAACAGCAUGGAGAACAGAGAACUUAUCCUCCAGGCCAAAGAGGAGCUGGGAGGAUCUACCAGCAGCGACUUCAUGAUCUUCAGCCGUGCUAUUCAGGGCUGGAGGAACGAGUCGGACCGAUCCUCCAAGAACGAGUAUACAGAACAUUUUGUCCUAUCCAGGCAAAGUCUGCACUUCAUUCAAGGCCUGGCUCGUCAGUUCGGUGAGAACCUCCGUGAGGCUUGUCUUGUUCCCAGUGAAAAUGAGUGUCUGCGCCCCGGAUCAUCGUACAACCAGUUUAGCGAUGAGGAGGAGCUACUCAAAGCUGUACUAAUGGCCGGCCUCUACCCAAAUCUCAUAAAGGUGAACAGAGGUGUUGUCCAGAAAGGCAGAUUCCGACCCAACGGCCUCGCUUACCGCACCCAGACGGGUCCAGUUAUCAUGCAUCGGGCUACCAUCAACAGAGGAAGAAAUGAGCUUCCUAGCCGUUGGAUGACUUUCUUCAGUGCGAUCCAGUCGAACGGACAGGUGUUCAUCAGGGACUCCUCUUCCGUCCAUCCUCUUGGCCUGCUUCUCAUGACCGACUGCGAUCUCACAGAGAACGUCGCUGAUGGCCGUGUUGAGGUAACCCUGCCUGGCUGCUCCCUCGUGCGCUGGGAGAUGCCAACAGAGUCAUGGACCGUGUUGCGGGAGUUCCGCAUGGCCCUGCAUUCCAUGCUCCAUCGGAACUUGAUGCCCGAUGCCGAACCAAAUAGCCCUCAGGACACCAAGCUCAUUGCACUGCUGGUGGACCUGCUAAACCACACGGACCAAAAUGGAGACAAACAUGUCACUGACUGGACCAAAGAGAGUAGAGUAGAGUAAGAUGAUUCAAGCCCAUGCAUUUCCUGGGUCCAUGUGAUGUCAUGUGAACGCCCCUUUUGGAGACCUUCGGUUAGGAGACCUUUGGAGGCUUAAGGUUGAUAAAUGGAGUUCCCUUAGCAUUGUAGAUGGCGGUAGCGCACAUCUUAUGCAAGCCGUCACCAAAUGCCACAGAAAGAGGAGGGGACAACGCCCUCUUAGAAGACCGAACUUGAGCACACUCCUUUGCAUUGGGUGGCCGGAGUUUGAAUUAUCUUAUUCUACUAUGAAAAUCUUUGACUGCACUGUCCAUGAAGCACACACGUCCACUUGAGAUUA